CUUUUUUUUCCUCCUUAACCAACAUGUCGAAAACAGAUAAAAAAAACAAAGACCCUAUUUUGUCACUUCUUUCUGGUACAUUUGCAGGUGCAAUUGAAGGUGUGGCUACAUAUCCCACAGAAUAUGUUAAGACGCGGUUACAACUUCAAGCAGGCGGAAAGCUUCAACCAGGCGAACUCAAGUUUGCAGGUCCUAUUGACUGUCUAGUAAAGACCGUUAGGACACAUGGUGUUAGUACUAUCUAUACCGGUGUUUCUGCCUUGGCUAUUGGUAACGCAGCUAAAGCAGGUGUGCGUUUCCUUACUUAUGACCAGAUCGCAAACGCCUUGCGCGAUCAAGACGGUAAACUUUCUGGACUUCGAAGCGUCUUGGCAGGCUUAGGCGCAGGUAUGACAGAGGCCGCAUUGGUUGUUACGCCUUCAGAAACGAUCAAGACAAAAUUGAUCCAUGAUCGAAACAGUGCAGCACCGAAAUAUAAAGGUUUAGUACAUGGUACAAAAUCUAUUAUAGCCCAAGAAGGUUUAGGAGGUAUCUAUCGUGGCGUGGGUCCUGUGAUGGCUCGACAAGGUGCUAAUAGUGCUGUUCGUUUUACGUCUUACUCUUAUUUUAAAUCGGGUUUACAAUCAUGGCGGGGAAAGGCAAAUGAACCAUUACCCUCUACAUACACUUUUGCAGCUGGAGCAAUGGCUGGUAUUGUCACUGUCUAUUCCACUAUGCCUUUAGAUGUUGUCAAGACAAGAAUGCAAGGCUUGGAUGCUAAAAUGUAUAAAAACUCAGUGGAUUGCUUGAUUCAGGUAGUGAAGCAAAACGGUAUAUUUUCUUUAUGGAAAGGAACAACACCGAGAUUAACUCGAUUAAUUUUUUCUGGUGGCAUUGUUUUCACAGUGUAUGAAAAAGUGUAUCAUACAUUAGAAUUAGUUAAAAAAUAAAAUAAGUUUUGUAAAUCCUUUUGUUAGAGGGGU